CUCGAAGUGAACGGGCAGACGUUGGAUUUCCGAGCGGGUUUUUUUCUUCGAUUCCAACGCGAUUUAUUUUCAGUACGAGAAGGAAUCGCAGUCCCUCAUCACGGUGGACUCCAAGGGAAAGAUCAAGGAGAAUUGUCCCAAACUCCCGUUGAAGCAUCUCCCAGCGAGCUGGAAGCUCGAAUGUGGAUUGCUGAUCAAGCCGAACUAUUAAAUGCAAAUAUGUCUGGGUCUGGAAGACUGCAACUUGUGACGCUGUCUCUGGAUUCUAAAAGAAUCUGUAUUUUUGCAUGACCAGCAAAAGGAGUCGAGUUUGUGCUAUGCGGAGAGGGCGUCUGUCAUGGGGAAUACGCAUCAGAAAGCCCUCUCGAAAUCUGUAAUGCUAGGCCAUGCUGCAUAACAGGCAUAAUGGGUCAUGCAAAAUAUGCAUGACAAACUUAGCAAUCUUCUUCUUCCAGACCCAGACAUUUUUACAUUUGAUACGAACCCGGUGCAAAGUCCGCAUCCUGGGGCAUCUUCAACCUCGACGGUGGAGGAUGGCCAAGCUGGUGCACCACCUGGUAGGUCACCUCCGAAUAGCACAGAUGCGACGUCCACUGGCAACCCGCAGCUGCAGCAAGGUGGUUUGUUGCCAGUAAAUGCGACAGGACCAGCUGCUACCUCCGGAAGCACUACUAUGCCAACCAACGCUGUUGAUGACCCGAGCACUGCCCCGUCCCCUCUCAGCGCACCCGCCUCAAGUAUGCGCAACGCCAUGGCCGCAGCGUCGAUGGAACAGACCCAGUUGACCAAAGCGGGGAGUGGGGGCUGGAGGGAGUAGUUUUGGCGGGGCUGGUGGAGAUACUAACGAUACCAACAGAUACGAGUUUUCCAAUAACCCGGUCGAGCAG